AAGCCAAGUUGAUGUAGGCCCGUCAAAUCCUCUGUGAAAAACACACCAAUCACGCACGCCGCUAUACGCAGAUGACCCACUCAUGACUAUGCAUUCUUGGCGACAAUGGCAUGCCAAUCUAAGAGGAAUAGUCUAUAAGAGUCUGUAAGAGGGCACCUGGGCAUACACAAGAUCCAAAGAGAGGUAAAGCAGCCAGUCCUACUCUAGCAACAAACAGUCCAUCAGUCUUUUUACAAUGUCGACUUCUGAGCCAACCCACACACCACGACUCCGUCCUUUCUCAGUCCACGUUCACCCCAUUCCUCCGACCACCCCGAAGACAUGUGCAUACGAGCGCCGCCAUACCAACUCGGUCAAGUGCAACAACGCCUUGGUCUUCAUUGGUGGGCUGGGCACUGGUCCGCAUACAACCCACUACCUAGGACCUUUGAACGACGCUUUGGAAAGCGCAAGUCUGAAAGAGGGAAAAGUUGUACAAUAUAGUAUCUGGGAAUUGAGAAUGCGAAGUAGCUAUACAGGGUUCGGGUAUGGAAGCUUGAAGGAAGAUGCCGAAGACUUGAAGGGGUUGUUGCAGUAUCUAAAGGAGAUUGAAAUGGGGAGGGUCAUAUUGAUAGGGAGUUCAACUGGAUGUCAGGCCAUCAUGACAUACGCAACUACCCUCCCAGCGCCUCCUCUAGUCGAUGGCUACAUCAUGCAAGCCUCAACUUCAGAUCGCGAAACAGCCGGACUGCUCAUGCCGCAAGAUUUGCUCUCCGCUAGCCUCAAGCACGCCGAAGCUCUCAUUGCCAAAGGUGAAGAAAAGACCAUCAUGCCCAAUUCCUUCAUUCCACCCAUCAUCACAUCCCCGAUAACAGCAUACCGCUGGCACUCUCUAGUCUCUGUGGGAGGCGACGACGACUUCUUCUCUUCUGAUCUACCACUCUCGACUCUCCAAUCUACGUUUGGUACACUGGACAAGCCGACAUUGAUUUUGAUGUCGGAGAAGGACGAGAUGGUUCCCUCGACCGUGGACAAGGAGGCAUUGCUGAAGAGAUGGGUUGGUACGAUUCCAGAUGGUUUGGCGAGUAAGCAGUGUCAGGUUAUUCCAUUCGAUGCUGACCACGAACUCUCUGGUAAUGAAGCAAUGCGGUACUUCAUAGAGACGGUUGUCAGGUUUCUAGAGGAAGUUGAUGAGAAAUCAGUCGGAGAGUCAUGAAGAUAGUUAUUUUCAUGGAUGUCAAAUGCACCAAUCUUCCUUCGCAAUACUCUUAACAUCCCAUCUCGCUAAAGCACAACACCACUCAUUUCACCCCUGUUCCUCGUCACGGUCAAAAUGACGUCAGUGGCCCAUCUGUAACCCACCCGUUCAUCUCACCUUCCCGUCGCGCAUG